CAUGUUUUUCUAUGUUGUAGUUGUGAUCAUGUCUGACGCUGGAGCUGGAUCAUCUCAUGGAGGGUCUCAAGGAGGAGGAGGGUCUCAGGGAGAAGGACAACAAGUGGAUCCGGGAAGGAAGUAUGGAACCAUUGUUAACAAUAACGCCAACCACUGGAAGUGUAUCUUCUGCUACAAGGUGUUAACUGCUGGGGUUUCACGAUUGAAACAACAUCUUGUUGGCGGGUACAAGAAUGCAAAGAAGUGUCCAAUCUGUCCAGAACAUGUUAGGGUUGAGCUGCAGACCUACAUGGCCAGAAAAGUUGAAGAAAGAGUAGCUCUAUCAAUGCAGUACCAACCCGUGGUGAAUGAAGAUGAUGUGGAGGACUUGGAUGGUGAUGAUGAGCCAAUGCGAAAGGCUACCAAGAGGAAGCACCGUGGUCCUUUGGACAAGUUUGUGAUGUCUACGCCUCCAGACAUCUUGAAAGGCAGAAAGGAUAGGAAAGGGGUGUUUGGAGCUUGUGACAAGGACUUAAGAGACAAGGUGUGUGGCGCCAUAGCAAGGUGGUUCUUCGAUGCUGGGCUUCCUUUCAAUGCUGUCUCUCAUGACAGUUUCAAGGAGAUGACAAAGCUUAUUGGGGAGUAUGGUAUGGGGUUAAAGCCUCCUUCUCAGUAUGAGCUCCGGUUCCCUUUACUUCAAAGGGAAGUCGCCAAUGUUCAAGCACUGCUGGCUCCUAACAGGGAAGAGUGGGCAGUGAAAGGAUGCUCAAUCAUGUCUGAUGGGUGGCGUGAUUCUGUGGUGCAGAAAGACAUCGUCAACUUUCUGGUUAACUCACCAAAAGGUUCUAUGUUCAUCAGGUCCAAAGAGGUUUCUGAAGUGGUGAAAGAUGCUACAGUGCUGUUCAAGCUACUUGAUGAUAUGGUUGAAGAAGUUGGUGAGAAGAACGUGGUUCAGGUUGUAACUGAUAACGCCUCAAACUACGUCAAGGCUGGAAAACUUCUUGAAGCAAAACGCCCACAUCUCUUUUGGACUCCAUGUGCUGCGCAUUGUCUUGAUUUGAUGCUGGAGGAGAUUGGAAAGAUAGCUGCGGUGAAGACUGCAAUGAAGAAGUGCAUGUUUAUUAAUGCGUACAUCUACUGCCGUGUUUCUCUUGUGAACAUGAUGAGGAGGUUCACAGAUCAGAGGAACUUGCAUCGACCGGCUGUAACGAGAUUCGCCACUUCCUUCAUCACCAUGACCCAGUUUCACCUUCAGCAAGCUAAUUUGAAGAAGAUGGUGACUUCAGAGGAAUGGGAAAAAUCAAAAUGGCCCAAGGAAGCAGGAGCAAGGAAGCUGAAGCAGUAUAUCCUUCAAGAAGGGUUCUGGAGAAACAUAGCUUAUGCUCUGAAGCUAACUUCUCCAUUGGUGAAGGUGCUACGGAUGGUUGAUGGCGAGAAGAAACCACCAAUGGGGUACAUUUAUGCUGCUAUGGAUAGAGCAAAAGAAACUAUUGCUAAGAGUUUCAAGUUGAAGAAGGUGAAGUAUGAGAAGGUUUUUGAGAUGAUUGACAGACGCUGGGACUGUCAGCUACAUCAACCACUUCACGCAGCAGGUUAUUUCCUCAAUCCAGCUGUUCAUUAUGCUCAUCCUGCGGAUGUUUGUUGUGAGGAAGUGGAGCGUGGAUUGUAUAGCUGCAUCACAAAGCUGGUCCGAGAUCCUAUUGUGCAAGACAGGAUCAUGGUGGAGCUUGAAGUUUUUAAGAAUGCAAGUGGGCUCUUUGGUCUUCCCAUGGCGAUUAGGCAAAGAGAGAUUAAGUCACCAGCUGAUUGGUGGUCAAGCUACGGAAGCUCAGCUCCUACUCUCAGAGAUUUUAAUGUCAAGGUCCUUAGCCUAACAUGCAGUGCAAGUGGCUGUGAAAGAAACUGGAGUGUGUUUCAACAUCUUCAUACCAAGAAAAGAAACAGAUUAUCUCAAAGCCUAUUGAAUGACAUGGUGUUUGUCAAGUACAAUCGUGCUUUGCCGCGUAGGAUGAAAAGAAAUGAUGCAAAAGAUCCAAUUCUUUUGGAGGAAAUAGAUGAUAGCAACGAGUGGUUGAUGGCGAAGAUGGAUGGAAACUCCUCCAAUGAUGAAGAUGAUGCUUUCGUCCAUGAUGAUGAGGACCUGACUUGGACUUUGGUGAGUGAAGCAGCCAGAGCUGAAGAACCAAGCUAUGGUACUAGAGGAGCGAAGACUCCUCAUUCAGCUAAGAACACCAAAGGGAAAGGAAUAGCUACUUCUUCAACUCAGAGCAAGCGCUAUGGUACAUCAGCUCAUCAUUUGGAAUUGGUUGAUGAAGAUGAUGACGUUGAAGAGGAGUUAGGAAAAGAAGAUGGUAGCUUCUGGAAGGAUUUGGAAUUGGAGUAUGAGGAGAGUGGUUCUGAAUCUGAGUAGAGAUUCUACUCGGAUUGGUGUUUUUAUUUGCUUUUGAUUUGGUGUUUUAUUUGCUUUUGAAGUUGGUGUUUGCAUUUGGUAUUUUCAGUGUUUUGCUAUUUGAACCUUUCUGUUUUAUUAUAUGAAGUUGGUGUUUUUUAUUUCUUACUUGUCUUUCUUAAGUUUUACGUCAUAUACUAAUAUAUAUAUAUAUAA